AUGAACCCGCUACUGGAAUAUAAGAGAAUCAAAGAGGCCGUUUUCAGUAAGCACCCUCUCGGCCUGAAUAGGACGCUCCCAAAAAGUGAAAACUGUGAAUUUAAGAAAAGGGGAAAAGAAAAGAUAAAGGAUCCAAGAGAGGAAAAGAUAAAGAACUCAGGAAAAGCAGAUAUAUCAACCCCCCACAAUAGAACUGCUCUGCAAAGGAGGAACAGCCAGAGAUUUUCACCUCGUCCCCGCCAGGCCUUUCAACACAAGCACAGUAAUAAUGCUAACCAUUUUAAUGACGCACCUCACGGGGGAUAUGCAAAUGGCAGAAAAGAAAACUGGGAAAAGAGGACUUACGAAAUUUCGCAAGAGGAAAAAUGCGUAGCGAGUGAAGAUUUGGAAUUGUCUCUCGUUUAUCCAGACGGGCCGAAAAGCAACGCAGGGAUGGUAGUGUACAAAUACUGCUACAUUUGCGAAACGGGAAAACCCUGCUUUUGCAGUGAGGAAAACUACGACUAUGAAAAGGAUACCUCCAACUGGGAUGGCGGGAAAAUGAAGCCAAACAUUCAUUCAACUUUUAGAGAUAUAUCAAAUAUCAUAGAGACAAUUCAUUCAAACAAGAAAAAAAAGGAAGGGGAUAAUAUUAACGUUUGGGCGAAGGGACAAGCAGGAAAGGCUACAGGGAAAAAGGAUCUUCCUUCGAAGAAGAAACGGAUAGGCCAGAAGAACGAAGCGACCAAACAGUUGAGUACUUACCACAGAUUUUACCUUCAGCAAAUGAAAACAAUUAAGAGCAGGUUGGAGUGUUGGAGAGAAGGGCGGGUGUGGAAUGAGGACACGACGGACAAAGGAGCCCACACGGGGAGCAAAGUCAACAUGGACAUAGACCAGAAUGGAUCGGCCAUGGAGAAAAGGAUGGACGCCUUGAUGGAAAUUGAAAAAAAACACCUGCAGCUGCUGGUGAGCCUAUUCGAUGAGUACAAAAAUCUGGAGGAAAAAAUGUUAUGA